AUGACGAUACUUUACUACCAAUUAAUGGCUAUCACAAUGGAAAGGAGGGAUCAGAUACAAGAGAGAUUGUGCCUGCAGAAACUAGAACCAACCAACAUGGAUUGGAUGUUGGACACAAUUGCAUGUGAAGUUUGUGUUCCAGAUAGUGGGAAUGCUACUCUUCCACAAGGAAUGCAAACUUGUACCUGCAGUGGCCAUGCCAACAUUUGUCAUAUGCACACAGGAAAAUGUUUCUGUACAACUAAAGGAAUAAAAGGUGAUCAGUGUCAAUUGUGUGAUUCAGAAAAUCGCUAUGUUGGUAAUCCACUUAGAGGAACUUGUUAUUACAGCCUUUUGAUUGACUAUCAGUUUACCUUCAGCUUAUUACAGGAAGAUGAUCGCCACCAUACUGCCAUAAACUUCAUAGCGAACCCAGAACAGUCAAACAAAAAUUUGGAUAUUUCAAUUAAUGCAUCAAACAACUUUAAUCUCAACAUUACAUGGUCAGUUGGUUCAACAGCUGGAACAAUAUCUGGAGAGGAGACUCCUAUAAUGUCCAAGACUAAUAUAAAGGAAUACAGAGAUAGUUUUUCCUAUGAAAAAUUUAACUUUAGAAGCAACCCUAACAUUACAUUCUAUGUGUACGUCAGCAACUUUUCCUGGCCUAUUAAAAUACAGAUUGCAUUUUCACAACACAAUACAAUCAUGGAUCUUGUGCAGUUUUUUGUCACCUUCUUCAGUUGUUUUUUAUCUUUAUUGCUGGUGGCUGCAGUGGUAUGGAAGAUCAAACAAACAUGUUGGGCAUCUCGACGGAGAGAGCAACUGCUUCGAGAACGACAGCAGAUGGCCAGCCGUCCCUUUGCUUCUGUUGAUGUAGCUCUGGAAGUAGGAGCUGAACAAACCGAGUAUCUGCCGGGGCCAGUGGAGGGGGCACCUAAACCAAUAGCCAUUGAACCAUGUGCUGGGAACAGGGCUGCUGUUCUGACGGUGUUUCUUUGCCUGCCGCGAGGGUCUUCAGGCGCCCCUCCUCCUGGACAGUCAGGUCUUGCCAUUGCCAGUGCCCUGAUAGAUAUUUCACAACAGAAGCCUGCAGAUAGUAAAGACAAGACUUCAGGAGUCCGAAAUCGAAAACACCACCUCUCAACACGUCAAGGAACUUGUGUCUGAGAAACAGAAACUGCUCCUGGAUAUUCUGAUAUGUUUGAUUUUGUACGUGACUUCCAUUAAGGCUGGUCUGUGGCCUCAGUUUUUAUGGAGGCAAACCUCUCUAUGGCUCCAGAGCUCAAGUACGGUUCCCUCCAAAUGGGCAAUGACUCGAAUGGCCAGAGAACGUUUGUGACUUUUAUGAAAGUAACAGUACUGAUGGUCAUGGGCGAUAAAGUCACUUUUUACAACUCUCUUAGGCUUAUCAUAGAUAACAUUUAAAUACUCCAGAAAAAGAUGUAUAUUGUUUCUUAAUGCAGAUGAAAAAUAUGUAAUUCCUAUAAACCAAACUGUUUAUAUCCCAAGACUUUAAAGAAAGACGUUUUAUAAUGCCUGACUGAUGAGAAUUGUACAGUUUUUGCCUCAUAAGCAAACUCAAAUCACUUGUAUAUGAACAGGAAAUGAGCAAAUCGCAAUGGCUUUAAAUGUUUUAUCUCACUGUAAAUGUAAAGACAAGAUUUUGAUUUAGCAGGAUAUAAGUAGUAUAUUUAAAUAUUCCACAUGACCAUAUCAUGUCCAAACUCAGUUUGAGAAUGGGACAGCUUCCCAACUAACUGGAAGGCAGAACAAAAUGAGACCAUUUGGAUGGAUGGUAAAUGCAACUUCACAGGAGGUUUUAUUAGAAUUCCGAGUGAAAAGGACAUUCCUGUCAUCCACGCCAACUGCCUCACUCAUUAUCAGAGCUGAUAGUGCAUGGAAAAGCCUGUCCAGCAAUCAAUUUUUCCCCUCCUGCCAAAAAAAAAAAACCCUCCAAAGCCAAACCUGAAGAGAGCUGAAAUGGUUAUUUUACAGUGUGCAAGUUUCAGCUCUGGUAUGGUCAUUUUUUUUUAUUGCUUAGGAAUCAUUGGAUCAGACCUCAAUGAUCCACCUGCAAUUUUUGUAAGAAUAGAUCAGCUUUGGUUGGCCUUCCUCUCCUAGCUGCUAGAUUUUAUCUACCUUUUACAAAUAUUGUGAAAGUAUGGUUGAGGUGACCCCUCCUGAGUUUUCCCACAAUCCAGGGUCCUUCUGGCCAACCAUUCACUUAGACAACAAGUAGAGAAAAACAUUUGUUGGCAGGCAUCUACAGUAUUCUUAUUUCUAACAUGAACUCGUUGGUGUCAAGAGAUAGUUUAAAAAAUAAGUUCAUCAUUGCCCACAGUUAGCAUAUUCUGAAUGAUCCAAACAUCUGAGUUAUGGCAGAAAGGAAAAAUGGUGUAUGAUAGCUUUCACAUUGCAACGUUGGAUUAUUUGUGUCCUAAUUUUGACAAUGGUUCACCAGACUCAGUAGCAUUAACAGAUCUUGUUUGGAAUUAACAGUUUCUUAACUGUAGUCAGGACGACUACAGGAUAUGUGUAAAAAGCAGUGACAGAGAUACCCAAGGCUGCUUUAUACAAUAUAGUUUUGUCCAGUGUGAAAGUCAUUUUGACAUAAUUGAUGUUUGGUUCUCUAUAUGUACUUUUCACGUUCUUUGGAUUUCUGGAGGUAAUGACACUUUACUGUUUACAGCUAAUGCACAGUUACUUGCAUGCUAUGGUUGUGCAGUAGCGGAAUAUGACCCUAUUGUGAUAUUCAGUGUUUAUUUCAUAAUACCAUUUAUACAUAGUCAGCUUAAUUUGAUGAGGAUCGAAUGUAAUAUAUAACAGGAAUGAUCAUACAAUAGAUAGUUGCAUCGUAUAUAAGAUUGCUAGGAUGCAUCUAACCAUGACUCUCACUGUUUGGAUAAUUAGGCAUUUAUGAAUUAUAGUAUAUAUUCCUUAUGUUGGCAUGAUAAUUUUGCUAUUUUCUAUGCAUUAAAAAUAAGACUAAUUCUUAGAGUAAUUUUAUCUAUAGCCUGUGGGUUUUUUGGGAGAGGGGGCGGCAGUGAAGCUGGUUGUUUUUGCCUCCCUGUAAUAUUUUAUCUCUCAAAAAAAAAAAAAAAA